UCGCCUCGAUUUAAGAGGCGGAUCUGCCCAUGGAGCGCAACCAGUUGUGUUUGAUUGCCGUGAGUGAAGCGCGAUUUUUUCGUUGCUGGGUGUUAAACAGCGUUCAAUAUGCAGCUACCAACUUUAGUCGCCCUUUUGUUGGGAGUGGGUUCGAUGGUGACAGGUCGGGAAGACUACCAGGAGCUCACCAGGAAGGUGGAAAAACUGAUGGAGGAGGCUAGAGGUUACACGUUUCCAGUGAAUAAUGAGCGGUUUUACCAGAAGAAUCAGUACUCGGAUGAACCAUGUGAAGACGGCGAAUUCGACUUCAUAAUCGUGGGCACGGGCAGCGCGGGCGGCGUCCUGGCCAAUCGCCUGACCGAAGUGGAGAACUUCACCGUGCUGGCGCUGGAGGCGGGCGGCGAGACGCCCGAACUAUCCGACAUGUUGGGCGUCAACAUCUACCUGCACCGCACCCAAUACAACUGGGGAUACAACACCACGCCCCAGGCGCACAUGUGCCUUGGGUCCAAGGACAGACGCUGCCCCUACCCCAGGGGCAAGAUGCUGGGCGGCAGCAGCGCCAUCAACUUUGGCAUGUACGUGCGCGGUCACCAUGACGACUUCAACACAUGGGCGGCGCUGGGGAACCCCGGGUGGGCCUACAGGGACGUCCUGCCCUACUUCAAGAAACCGGAAACGGCCACCUUCACCCACACCAUUGAUCGGGACUAUCAUGGAUUUGAGGGGCCUCAGAAAACUGGCAUCCCCAAUGACACGCCCCUGCUGACGCAGGCGCUGGUCGACGUCCACAUCGACCUGGGCAAGACUGAGAAGGACUACAACGGGAAGGACCAGGAUGGAGUGAGUCGACUGCAGUUUUUCCUCGACGGCAACACCCGAUCCAGUUCGAACCACGCCUUCAUCAAUCCGGCCCGCAACCGCUCCAAUCUGAGCGUGAGCAUCCGCUCAUUGGUGACUCAGAUCCUGAUCCAGGAGAAAACAGCUCAGGGCGUCCGCUACGUGAAAGACGGCAAAGAGUGCGUGGCCACCGCCAGACGCGAGGUGAUCCUGUCGGCCGGCGCGGUUAAUUCGCCUCAGAUUCUGAUGCUGUCGGGCAUCGGGCCCGCCCAGGAGCUUCAGAAGCACCAGAUCGCCCAGGAGCUGGAGCUGCCCGUAGGGCAGAACAUGCAGGACCACCAGUUCUUCCCUGGGAUCUUCUACAGGACCAACCGCACCUUCUACAACGAGUCGCUGGAGGAGAAUGUGAGGCUGUGGACGCAGAACUUGCGCCCCCUCACUCCCAGUCUCGGCCAGCAGACCAUCAGCUUCUGGAACUUCAUUGGGCCGGCGGAUGGACAGCCGGAGGUGGAGUUUUUCUUCUUUGGGCCGCCCUUGGUUACGCCGGACCUCGCCCUCAUUCUCGGCUACACGGACGAAUACAUCGAGAUUUUCAAGCAGCUGAACCCCCUAUCGGACGUCUCAGUCAACUUGGAGCUGCUCCACCCCAAAUCGCGGGGAAGCGUGACGCUCCAGUCGAACAACCCGAAAGAUUUCCCCAUCAUCGACCCCAACUACUUCUCGGACCCCGAUGGGGAGGACCUGGAGAACAUGUACAAGGCCGUCCAGGUGGCGCUGAACUUCAACAGCACCAAAACAUUCCGGGACCUCAGCGCUGAGCUGUUCUUCAUCCCCUACCCGAACUGCGACCGGCAGUUUGAGCUGCGCAGCAAGGACUGGUGGUACUGCGCCCUCAAGACCCUCUCCAGCACUCUCUUUCAUCCGGUUGCCACUACCAGAAUGGGCCCCGAUCCAGCCACUUCUGUGGUCGAUGCCAAGCUGAAGGUCCACGGAAUACGGAGGUUGAGGAUCGUGGAUGCUGGGGUGAUUCCGGACCACAUCAGCGGCCAUCCAAAUGCCGCAGUGGUGAUGAUUGCUGAGAAGAUCUCUGAUGAGAUCAAGCGCGAGCAUUUGGGCUGGGCUGACGUUGACUAGUGUGUUGGAGGGCAAAUAAAAGCAUGUGGAGCAAU